UGAGUUGCAUUGUUCUUCAGAGGAUUCUCCUCACAGGACAUACUCACUUUUAUGGACGGAGGAACAGCGGACUGUCAUGGUUGUUCGUAAAUCCUGUGCCUCUAGGACAUACAGGGUGUAGAGUGUAUGAAGACUGCCCAUGCUUGCCAAAGAAGACAGCACACAGGAGAUGAGGACUUAGAAAAGGUUUUGGGGAGUGUGUUUAGUGCGGCAGAGCCAUGGGGGACUGGAAUUCGCUGGGGAAGCUGCUGGAGAGUGCCCAGGAGCACAGCACGGUGGUGGGCAAGGUCUGGCUCACCGUCCUCUUCAUCUUCCGCAUCCUGGUGCUGGGCGCGGCCGCCGAGAAGGUGUGGGGCGACGAGCAGUCGGGCUUCACCUGCGACACCAAGCAGCCCGGUUGCCAGAACGUCUGCUACGACAAGACCUUCCCCAUCUCGCACAUCCGCUUCUGGGUGCUGCAGAUCAUCUUCGUGUCCACGCCCACGCUCAUCUACCUGGGCCACAUCCUGCACCUGGUGCGCAUGGAGGAGAAGCACAAGCAGCGGGACAAGGAGCUGGCCGAGCAGCUGGAGGAGGCGCAGCUGACCGCCGCCGCCGCCGCCCACGCCAACGGCGACAAGCAGCAGCUGCUGCUGCUGGCGCCCGACGCCGCCGUGGCCCUGGCCAAGGGCCGCAAGGCGCCGGUGCGCGACGAGCAGGGCCGCAUCCGCCUGCAGGGGGUGCUGCUGCGCACCUACGUCUUCAACAUCAUCUUCAAGACGCUGUUCGAGGUGGGCUUCAUCGUGGCGCAGUACUUCCUCUACGGCUUCGAGCUCAAGCCGCUGUACACGUGCAACCGGCCGCCGUGCCCCAACGUGGUCAACUGCUACAUCUCGCGCCCCACCGAGAAGACCAUCUUCAUCCUGUUCAUGCUGGUGGUGGCGUGCAUCUCGCUGCUGCUCAACCUGGUGGAGAUGUACCACCUGGGCUUCACCAAGUGCCGCCAGGGCCUGAAGUACCGGCGCUCGCAGUCGCUCCUGGCCAACGGCGGCGGCGUCGGAGGAGGAGGAGGGUCCAAGCCGCCCAGCGAGACGACGGACGCGGUGGUGCCCUUCGCCGUGCCCAGCUACAGCUACUACCCGCAGCCGGCCACGGCGCCCGAGCCCUACGCCUCGGAGUCCCACUACGCCAUGACGGAGCCCGACUCGGCCUUCCAGCCCUACAGCAGCAAGGUGGCCUACAAGCAGAACAGGGACAACCUGGCGGUGGAGCGCAGCGGCGGCACCAAGCCCGACCUCGGCACCGCCGCCGACCUGAAGCCCAAGAGGAGCUCCAGCUCGGCCCCCGGCUCGCCCAUGCAGAACCAGCGUCGGCACAGCCGCUCCAGUCGCCACAGCAACAACAAAACGCGGCUGGACGACCUCAAGAUCUGA